AAACGCUACUAAAAAGUUACAUGGCUGAUGUAAUUGUUCUGUUUAUAUAUGGUAUGAUAUGCCCAUCUGUUUUGGAAUUUAUAUAGGUUCUUUCAAACGGAGACAUAGAAACCUAUAAUAAAUGCAGAGCUAUGGCAGAGAGAAGUGAAUACCCUCCUUUACGCAUCGUCUACGAUCCCUAUGAAGGGGGUGAAAUCAACGGGUGGGCUGUGGUUGACCCUGCUCAGAAAUUCAUGGACUCGAAAACAAGAAAUUGCUCAGUUGGUACCGGUGAUUUUGUUGGAAAUUAUUAUCAACUAACAGAACAUGCCAGCUGUGUACACCCAGGUGUUAGGCCAACAGAUGUAGACCCUGAACGCGAACUUGAGUGGAGAAGGUUGGAAGAAGAUAUGGUGCAACAAGACCUGCUCAGUAUGCAGUUGGAGUCGGAUCAUGCAGCUGAAGUCAUUGUUGGUAAGCCUGAUCUCCCUCUCCCGAUUUGGGAUUCUGAUUACGCGAUAUUUGUUGGUACUUUAGAAGCAAAUCUUGAAAAUGUAUUAUCUGAGUUUGAUUUGUCUUCAGGCGACGUCACUCGGAUUUGGCAUCUUUGGUAUAGCAUGCCGGAUAGUUCAUCUUCAGAUGAAUCAGACAGUGAUUCGUGA